CACACACACACACACACACACACACGCGAUCGCUCACUCGAUGAUCAGCAGGCUACACACACUUCGGUAGUUAAAUAUAACACAGAUUUACACUUUAGUUAGUAAUCCGUGAUGAUGAUGAUGAUGAUGAAGAUGAAGAUGUCCAGAUGUGUGAGCAGUUUCAUGUGCAGGAUGAAAUCAGCUCCAGCGCCGCUGUUCUGCAGAAUGCAGCACUCGCAGCAGGACAGACCUGCCCCCUUUCGCCCUGAGACCUCGAUGGCCAAGACGCUGAUGGACAUCGGGGCACGGAGGAUUUUCUCUGAGGAACACGACCUGUUUAGACACAACGUCCGGCGGUUCUUUAAGGAGGAAGUGGUUCCUUAUCACAGGGAGUGGGAGAAAGCAGGUGAGGUGAGUAGGGAGGUGUGGGAGAAGGCGGGACUGCAGGGGCUGCUGGGAAUUUACACUCCUGCUGAACAUGGUGGGAUCGGAGGAGACCUGCUCUCUGCUGCCAUCAUGUGGGAGGAGCAGAUGUACUCUAACUGUUCAGGUCCUGGCUUUUCUCUGCAUUCAGAGAUCGUGAUGCCAUACAUCAGUCAUUAUGGUUCACAGGCUCAGAUUGAGCACUACCUGCCCCAGAUGGCUGCUGGGAAAUGCAUCGGCGCCAUCGCCAUGAGUGAACCGGGGGCGGGCAGUGAUAUUCAGGGAGUGAAGACAUAUGCUCGGCGAGACGGCACUGACUGGAUCCUCAAUGGAAAUAAGGUGUUUAUCACUAACGGCUGGAUGAGUGAUCUGGUCAUCGUUGUCGCUGUAACGAAUCGUGAGGUGAAAUCAGCAGCUCAUGGUCUCAGUCUGUUUCUGGUGGAGAGCGGCACCAAGGGCUUCACCAAGGGACGGAAACUGGAGAAGAUCGGUCUGAAAGCACAGGACACAGCAGAGUUGUUUUUUGAGGAUGUUCGUCUCCCAGCUGAUUCUGUACUCGGAGAACUGAACAGAGGUUUUUAUUACCUCAUGAAUGAACUACCACAGGAGCGGUUGAUAAUAGCAGUCAUGGCUCUGGCCAGCUGUGAGUUUAUGUUUGAGGAGACUCGGGAUUAUGUAACUCAGAGGAAGGCCUUUGGAAAAACUGUGGCUGACCUUCAGACAGUUCAGCACCGGUUAGCUGAGCUGAAGACAGAGAUCUGUGUGGGUCGAGCUUUUAUUGAUAACUGCCUCCAGCUGCACAGUGAGAAGAAGCUGGACUCCAGCACGGCCUCUAUGGCCAAAUACUGGGCGUCAGAGUUACAGAAUAAAGUGGCCACUCAGUGUCUGCAGCUGCAUGGUGGGUGGGGCUACAUGUGGGAAUAUCCAAUCGCCAGAGCUUUCGUGGACGCUCGUGUGCAGCCCAUCUACGGUGGGACCAAUGAGAUCAUGAAGGAGCUGAUCGCUCGCACCAUCGUCACACACAGAUAGACGACUGCCGAGCCGAGAGUGUGUGUGUGCGUGUGCGUGUGUGUGUCUGUGCAUAUGUGUGUUUAAUCAAUGCUGUGAUUGACAUGAGGAUAAGGAAAGCUGAUCAGAAAGCAGAUAAUACAUUUAAUUUGAGAUCCUGUGACAAUUUCGAUAAUUUUUAAUAAAUAAAUAUUUAAAAACUUGCA